CCCAUCCAAAUUCGACUCGUUUCUUUCUUUUGCUAACAAUCCACUCAGUAUCUCCUCCAUGGAAGCAUCGAAUCCGUCCAUCUGCUCCACUUUGUCUCUCAUCUCCAUCCAAUCCUGAACAUCGAAAUUCCCUAUUUACCCUCCUCGCCCUAUCAAAUUUCCCCCAUCGCCCGAAUUUUCCAUGGCUUGACCCGGAAAUCCGACUCAAAUGGACUCUCUGCAAAGUCUCCCUCCACUAUCGACUCUGUCCACCUCAGUUUCCUCCGCCCUCAACGCUAAACUCGGCACCAACCAUGAUCUAACCCAAGCACCAAGUAUCGUCGCCGAGUUUCUGACUCAGUGCGAUGAUCUGGAACGAAAUCUAGUCCACCUCAACCGCACCCUCGAGUCAAACCUCGCAUCUUACGCUUCCUUCUCUAAUCGCAUCGGCCACCUCUUCGGCAUUGUAAAUUCGAAAUUGACCGAUCUAGGAUCCUCCGUUUGCCUUCGGUCCUCCGUUUCAGACGGAGAAGGGUUGGGAGAGGAGUUGCCAUCGUUGGCCAAGGAGGUGGCCAGAGUGGAAGCGGUCCGAGCAUAUGCAGAGGUAGCAUCAAAGCUGGAUAAUUUAAUCGGUGAUAUUGAAGAUGCUGUCUCUUCUACUAUGAACAAAAAUUUAAGAAAGGAUUCUUCCGCGCAAAAUUCAGAAGAGACCCGCAUGGUUGCUAUUAAAACACUCAAAGUGACCGAAGACUUGUUAACUUCAGUCACGAAGGCACGGCCUCAAUGGGCACGUCUAGUCUCGGCUGUUGAUCACAGAGUAGAUCGAGCUCUAGCAAUAUUAAGACCCCAGGCAAUUGCUGAUCACCGAGCCCUUCUCACAUCCUUUGGAUGGCCACCAUCACUUUCAAACUUGACUUCCUCAAGUCUGGAUGCAAGGAAAUCAAGUGAAGUCCCAAAUCCUCUUUUCACAAUGCAUGGUGAUCUCAAACGUCGGUAUUGUGAAAACUUUUUUGCCCUGUGCCGCCUGCAGGAGUUGCAGAGACAAAGAAAAUCACGGCAACUUGAGGGCCAUAAUCGGGAGGUCGCUCUUCACCAACCACUUUGGGCAAUUGAAGAGCUUGUCAUUCCUGUAUCUGUUGCGUGCCAACGCCACUUUUCAAAGUGGAUUGAUAAACCAGAAUUCAUUUUUGCUCUGGUAUAUAAAAUUACACGGGAUUAUGUUGAUUCAAUGGAUGAGUUAUUGCAGCCAUUGGUUGACGAGGCAAUGCUAACUGGUUACAGUUGCAAAGAAGAAUGGAUUUCUGCAAUGGUAACAUCCUUAUCAACAUACUUGGCGAAAGAGAUAUUCCCUAUUUAUAUUGGUCAACUGGAGGAAGAGAGUGUGACUGGUAUUAGAUCACAGGCUAGGACAUCUUGGCUCCAUCUUAUUGACUUGAUGGUCUCUUUUGACAACCGGAUAAAGCCUCUUGUAGAACAAUCUGGGAUCUUGCUUUCCCUCCUGGAAGAUGGGACUCCGCGUAAGAUUUCAUCUCUGUCUGUGUUCUGUGAUCGACCUGACUGGCUUGAUAUGUGGGCAGAAAUAGAGCUAGAUGAUGCAAUGGAAAAACUAAAACCAGAGAUAGAUGAAGAAAGAAACUGGACUAAGAAGGUUCAGGGGGCAGAUCUCUCUAAUUCUGAUGACUAUAAAUCCCCUGCAGUUUCCAGCAUUACUUUUACGUGUUUAUCAUCUUUGAUUGAGCGGUGUCGAUUGUUGCCUACAGUUUCUCUGAGGUCAAGGUUUCUGAGAUUAACUAGUACACCGGUCAUAAUUUUUUUUUUGGAUUGCUUACUUCUCAGAUGCCAAGAAGCUGAAGGAUUGACUGCCUUAACUGAUGAUGAUGCUCUAAUCAAAGUUUCAAACUCUGUCAAUGCAGCUCACUAUUCCGAAUCUAUUUUAAAAGAAUGGUGUGAGGAUGUCUUUUUCCUUGAGAUGGGAUUGGAUCAAGGUGAGCAUCCUGGAGAGUCUGUUGCUGAAAAUAGUGGUAGCGAGGUUCCAAUUGAAGAGUAUGGAAAUGGUAUUUUCCAUGAGGAGAUUGUGAAGUUUGAAGAUUUCAGAACACAGUGGGUUGAGAAGAUAACUAUGGUUAUUUUAAGAGGAUUUGAUGCCCGCUGCCGAGAUUACAUAAAGAACAGAAGACAAUGGCAGGAAAAGAGUGAAGAAGGUUGGACUGUAUCACAAACAUUGAUAGGGGCCCUGGAUUAUUUGCAGGCGAAAAUGGCAGUAAUAGAAGAAAAUUUAAACAGGGUAGACUUUGCGGGAAUCUGGAGGAGCCUGGCAGCGGGGGUGGAUAAAUUGAUAUUUAACGGCAUUCUUAUGAGCAAUGUGAAGUUCCAUGAGGAGGGGGUGGAGAGAUUUGGGUAUGAUGUAGAGGUGGUAUGGGGGGUAUUUAGGGCAUGGUGUUUGAGGCCAGAAGGAUUCUUUCCGAAGGUGAGCGAGAGCUUGAAGUUGUUGAAGAUGGAAAAGGACCAACUUGAAGACAGCCUGAAAGGGGGGCAGAAACGGAUGAAGGAGAAUGGAAUUAGGCAUUUGAGUGUAGCUGAGGUAGAAAAGAUUGGGAAAAACAGAGUAUAUACCAAGUAAAAAAAAGGCUUUUAAUUUUGGUUCCCUUCGGUCAUUGUGGCUGAAUUACACAGUAGACUUGGACAAGGGAGUUAAAGUUGUCUCUGUUUGUAUUUGGCUCUUCGAUUAUUAACCCAUUCGUUUCAGAAAUACAGUAGACCAAUAAACAAUGAAGAUUGUUUUGUUCUUUUUUCA